GCAAGGCUGGAGGACCCGAUGACGUUGUUGAUGACCUGUUGCGCUGCGCACCUACCGAGACUGCUCGCCUGGCGCACCCGGUCACCUUAAAGGCGGGCGUGCACACCCAGGAGCCUCGUGCCUUCAAGGGUGGGUGGGCUCAUGAUCUGUAUAAGAACAAUGGCAGCGCGGCGAUGCACGAGAGCUUCCGCCAAAUCCUUCUCAUGAAUAACGUUGCCAAGCACCACCACAAAUUUUUGAGGGAUCAAGUUAAAACGCUUGUUGCGGGUCUCAUUAUCGAGACUCAGAUGGGUGGGGCCCAGGGCAAGGGGACCGACAUGGCGACCCACAUGGUUCGCACUUUCUCGGCUGUCUCCUGUGCUAAGGGCCUCUCUACGGUACUUGCUUUCAUCGACUUGAAAUCGGCGUUUUAUAAGGUUAUCCGACCCAUCGUCAUGCCUUUCCUUCAGGACCCCCAGGACAUAGCUGACGCUAUCGAUGCGGCCGAUAUCCCCGAGGCCCUGGCCCCGAUUUUGGAGCACACCAUCGCGCAACCCUCUGUUUUGGAGGGCCUCGACAAUGUUCACCUGUUAAGGAUGCUGGCGGAUCUUCAUACCAGCACCUGGUUCAAAACCAAGAGGUCCCGAGGAGUUAUACGCACCGCCGCGGGUAGCCGUCCUGGCAGCUCGCCUGCUGACCUAGUUUUCAACCUUCUCUUUGCGCCUAUCGUGCGCGAAAUUCGUGAGGAACUCAGCAGUGCCAACUACCUGCUUGAGCUAGACGGCCAGCAGGACCCUCUCUUUUAUCUGCCCCAGGACGCUGAGACUGACUGUCUCGCGGACAGCACCUUUGUUGACGACGUCUGCGUCAUGGCAGUGGUUCAAAGUGCUGCCGACCUCCCCCAGGCGAUGUCCGACGCGGUUGUCACCAUCAGCAACGCCACGGUCAAGAGAGGCAUGACUAUCAAAUUCAAAAAAAAUCAGCACUCCUCGUCCACCCACGAGGAGAGGGAGCUCGUACGGUUAAGGACCAUCCUGGGGAUGCGGCUUGGACGUCCUGACCAGCCGCAUGUUGCCAACGAGCAGGUCUUGCUCGAUGUCAACAGGCCCGCUGUUCCCGACAUCCUGCGCCUCAUGCGGCUUCGGUACCUGGCCAGGCUGAUGACUUCGGCCCCGCCGCAGCUGCGGCAGCUCCUCGAUAUGGAAG